CUCGUCUCCGUCACAUCCCCAAGGCCAAAAUGCAUUCAACCCGCCGUCCCCUCCAAAAAUUAAAAGGCUCAUUUCCAAAAUCUCUCCUCAAACCCAACCUCCCAUAUCUCAGAAACAAUAAAUCCUAUUCUACUGCCCUUUCAACGCCACAAAAUGCCCAGACGAUCUUCUCCGGCAUCCAGCCAACCGGUGUUCCACACAUAGGCAACUACCUAGGCGCCCUGCAAAACUGGGUUUCCCUCCAGAAUUCCGCGGCCGAAUCAACAAAAUUAUUGUAUUCUAUUGUGGAUUUACAUGCUAUCACCGUGCCUCAAGAUCCCGAGACUUUGAGGAUGUGUAAGAGGACUAGUUUAGCUUCGUUGAUUGCGGUGGGGUUGGAUCCGGAGAGGAGUAUACUUUUUUAUCAGAGUGCUGUAAGUUGUGUUUUUUCACUUUCAUGUGAUAGAGAAUGAUGCUAAUUGCUCUGUUUUGUUUUGAAGGUUAGUGCACAUUCCGAGCUAAUGUGGAUUUUGAGUUGUACUGCUAGUAUGGGAUACCUUUCUCGAAUGACGCAGUGGAAGGUAAGCCCCAAAAAUGAUAUUGAAGUGCAUCCUUACUAACUCAGGCUUUAGAGCAAACUUUCUUUGGACGAGAAUACCUCGCCGUUGGACGAAAAGAGUAAAUCGAAAUUGAAGCUUGGAUUGUUUUCAUAUCCUGUUUUACAAGCUGCUGAUAUCCUUGUUCAUAGGUGUGGCCUCCUUCCCUAACGUUCGAUAUUUUUAGCCAUACUUGUCAUUUCUGAAUAAUUGCUAAUACGUUUCUAGAGCAACUCAUGUUCCAGUUGGAGAUGAUCAGAGCCAACAUUUGGAAUUUGCAAGAGAAUGCGUGACAAACUUCAAUCACGCCUACGGUCCCAAUCUCGUAGAACCAAAUACCAUUCUAUGUAACUUCAAACAUCUCUUCCCAUGCAAGAAAUCAAGCACUAAUAUUCCCUCUAGCUCCAGCAAAGAGAAUAAUGUCCCUGCAAUCACCCUCCCAAAAAAUGUCCAAAUCAGCCCCCGACCCUAACUCACGUAUCCUGAUUACCGAUACCCCUACCAAGAUCAAAAAAACCAUCAUGAACGCCAUAACAGACAGCCAGAACUCCGUAACCUACGAUCCAGAGCGGCUAGGAGUUUUCAACCUGCUGAAUUUAUGGAGUUACUGUGAUCCCGGACAGAGGAGUGCGCAACAGCUUGCGGCCACUAUUGAAGGGCAGGAAUUGAAAGUUUUGAAGGCCAGGGUAAUGGAGAGUGUUACCGAGAAGCUUGAGGGUGUGAGAUCGAGGUAUGAGAAAGUGCUGGAAGAGGAAGAGGGGAGGUAUUUGGAUUUUGUUGCUAGGGAAGGGGCGAGGAAGGCGAGGGAGAGUGCGGAGGAGACGAUGGUUCUUGUUAGGGAAGCGGUUGGGUUUUGAGGCCCUCUGGCGUGCUGUGGAGGUUUUAUGAGAGACGUGGAUAUGUGGGAUUUAGACUUGUAUAAAUGUGAGAUGAAUGAUGAUAGAUGAUCAAGCCAAGCUAUCUAUUGCGGCCUGCGU